AUUGUUUGAACUGUCAAAUAAAAACAAAAUUGAAAACUCGCUGUUUGGAAGCGUCGACAAAAUUGUUUGAAUAAAAAAUUUAAAGUGUUAUAAAACGAAUAUAACCGAAAACAAUAGAGAGAAUAUUGUAAAACUUAUGGUGGACAUGUCCAAAAGCCCAAAACUUCUUUACGUGAAGGGGAUGAAUCUUUCGGAGUCUGAGGGUGAUGAUGAUGAUCAGUGGGACGACAAGAAAUUAAACGAUGCGUACGACAAAGCUGUAAGGAUUGCUAACGUUGAGGUGGCGAAGCGCGUGGCUAUGUCUACCAACACUCAGGGUUCAUCCAAUGAUCCCACAUUCUCUUCAAAAAAAGAGAAAUUAGCAACUAAACCACCUAAGAAAAAAGCUACAAUCUUGUCCACCAAUACUAAUGGAAUUAGUGAUGAAAAGCCAAAAGAAGCAAGGUGGAAACCUGGCAUGCCUUGCCGGUGUGUGUAUGCCGAUGAUGGUUUGGAGUAUGAAGCCGUUAUAGUUAGAAUUGUUGAUGACAACGACUGUGUUGUCAAAUAUUUAGGUUAUGACAAUCAAGAACUGGUGUCAUUAGAUUCUCUGAAACCAUCUCUGGGCAAGGAUGCUAGGGCGCAGCAGAUUAAGGAUGCGAGGAGAGAACAGACUGAAGACAGCUACGGUAGCCUGUCACCUAACGUAGAUGGUGUGGAGUGCAGUGACAGGGUGCCAAGUCCUGAUAGUAUAGGAAGAUCAUCCCAGAAAAAGAAGAAACCAUCUAAAAAGAAAAAGAAUCAAGCGCGGGGUAUCAAUAUCAAUGGCUUCGAGCUGCCAGACAUGCCACCCAUACCUAAUCUGUCUAUGUUGAGAAAUCAACUAGGCUCAAUGGAAAUGCCGAUGCCUCCGCCGCCGAUGGCCUUCUCAAUGGACCGAUCUGACAAUGAAGACCAAGCCAUAUCCUCCAUGCUGCUCAGCUGGUACAUGAGCGGGUACUACACAGGGUUAUAUCAAGGACUAAAAAGGGCAAAAGAUGGGCGCAGGAACUAGGUAAUCAAAAUAGUGUGAGUUUCACGAAGGAAAGGAAUUUAUUAUACCUAUACUAAAACUUAAAAUAAAUAAAAAUUGUUUUCUUUUAUUAAA